GAUACCAGCCGUGCUGGCGAUGCGGAGGCAAUCCUGGCAAAGUUGAAAGCUCAGAAAGAGCAGGCUUCGCCUGAGCAGCUCGAGGAACUCCUGGAAGCCCGGCGCCGCGGCUUCGCCGCGGCAGCUCCGGCGCGGUGUCGAGGCUGCGCCGGAUGUGGAUUGGAAGGUAACCAGGCGCAGGCGUUCCAGUGUGGCACCUGCAAAGCUGCUAAAUACUGCAGCUAUGA